AGAACUCAAUACAUUUUAGAUACAAUGAUGAAUCGAGUGCUGUGCUCGCUUCUCGUCACCCUGGCUGCUAUGCAGUCGUCGGGUGCAGCUCCCAUAAUGGCCAAUAUUCAGUUGGAUUUGUACGUGGCCAACGAGGUGGUCCAACUGCUUUCGAGCACUCUGGACGAGAUUGCCAGGUUCCUUCAGCCAGUAAUUGAUGAAGCCGAGAGGGUCUUACCUCCUGACUCAAGGAGCUUUCUCUUGACGGACAUAAAAAAACUGGUCAGCCUUAUCGGGGAAUUGGACGAAAAUUCUGAGGAACUGGAUGAAAUCGGGGAAAUGUUUGACCUCCUUGGCCUAGCAAACAUUUUUGAACCAUCCGACUAUCCGGAUCUAUCAGAAACGGAUCAGAUUGUGGUGCGAAUUCUCCAGAAGCACGGCAUUGACGUUUUCGAACAAAAGUUGGUUACCAAAUUUGACAAAACGAUGCACAAAAUCGAGCAAAGGAUUGAAAAAUAUAUAAUGGGAAUGUCUGACAGCAAGGUGGCCAGAAAAGCGGACUUCAUUGAAUGGUACAAUGAUUUCAAAAACGAAAAUGACAUUGGUGAAAAGAUUGAGAUGUUGUUUAGUCAAAAGUACUUGUUUGCUUGAAAGUGUAUUUGAUUAAAUAGUUUUCUAAUACUUAAUUGUCGUCACACAACGGUUGUUACUUAAUUAUAAUGCGUGUAACGCAAUAACAAACAAUUUAAAUGGAAA